UUCAAACACAUGGGUCAACAUCAUGGCAGACGCCUUUGGUGAUGAUCUUUUCAAUGUGUUUGAAGAGAAAACAGAGGUAGCCGCGCCUGACAGUGACACUAAAGAGCCUGUCAAAGAAACCACAGAUUCAAAUACGACCGACGCUCAGAGAACUGAUGAUCUACUAAAGAGCAUUGUGGGUAAAAGAUCGGCAGAAAACAACGACGAUAAUGAAGACAAUCCGACAAAGAAAGCCAAGGCCAUUCCACAAGACUUGGGGCAGACAGAUGUUAUGCCCAGGAUUCAAGUCCAUAAAGUAGACACUGUGGAAGCCUGUCAACAUGAGGUUGCCAUACCACCAGAAGCGGAGUUUGCUCCCCUGAAGGCUGUAUCAGCCAAACCUGCCAAGGAGUAUCCUUUUAUCUUGGAUCCGUUCCAAAAGGAGGCUCUGCUAUGCCUGGAAAACAACCAAUCAGUGCUGGUGUCUGCACAUACGUCUGCUGGCAAGACUGUUGUCGCUGUGUACGCCAUAGCCAUGUCACUGCGGGACAAACAACGUGUGAUCUACACCACUCCCAUCAAGGCCCUCAGUAACCAGAAAUACCGGGAGCUGUUUGAGGAGUUUCAGGAUGUGGGGCUCAUGACUGGUGAUGUCACAAUUAAUCCCACUGCUAGCUGUCUCGUCAUGACAACAGAGAUUCUACGGAGUAUGUUGUACAGAGGUUCAGAGAUCAUGAGGGAAGUUGGCUGGGUCGUAUUUGAUGAAAUUCAUUAUAUGCGUGAUAAAGAGAGGGGUGUGGUCUGGGAGGAGACGAUCAUCCUACUUCCUGAUAACGUCCAUUAUGUGUUCCUGUCAGCUACUAUCCCUAACGCUCGCCAGUUUGCUGAGUGGAUCUGUCAUCUGCACAAACAGCCCUGUCAUGUGGUGUAUACAGAAUACAGACCUACCCCACUACAACACUACAUUUUUCCAUCUGGAGGUGACGGCAUACAUCUUGUUGUGGAUGAAAAUGGUGAAUUUCGAGAAGAGAACUUUAACACAGCCAUGUCUGUGUUACGUGACUCAGGUGAUGCGUCCAAGGGGGAUAAAUGGGGACGACGAGGUGGAGCAAAAGGCAACGAAUCAAACUGCUUUAAGAUUGUGAAGAUGAUAAUGGAGAGGAGCUUUGCCCCUGUGAUUGUGUUUAGUUUCAGUAAAAAAGAUUGUGAGGCCUAUGCCAUGCAGAUGGCAAAGCUAGACUUCAAUACAGAGGAAGAAAAAACGUUAGUAGAAGAGGUCUUCAACAAUGCGAUAGACAACUUGUCUGACGAUGACAAAAAAUUACCACAGGUGGAACAUGUGCUGCCACUACUGAGGAAAGGUGUGGGCAUCCAUCACUCUGGUCUACUGCCCCUGCUCAAGGAAACCAUAGAGAUCCUCUUCUCAGAAGGACUCAUUAAGGCACUCUUUGCUACAGAGACGUUUGCUAUGGGGCUCAACAUGCCAGCCAGGACGGUACUGUUCACUAGUGCAAGGAAAUUUGAUGGGAAAGAUUUCCGAUGGGUAACUUCGGGAGAGUACAUCCAGAUGAGUGGUCGUGCUGGACGAAGAGGCAUUGAUGACCGUGGAAUUGUCAUUCUGAUGGUUGACGAAAAGAUGAGUCCUCAAGCAGGGAAAACUAUUGUUAAGGGCCUGGCUGACCCCCUGAACUCUGCCUUCCACUUGACCUACAACAUGGUGCUGAACCUGCUGCGAGUGGAGGAGAUCAAUCCGGAGUACAUGCUGGAGCGAUCCUUCUAUCAAUUCCAGAACUACGCAGCUAUUCCCGAUCUAUGUGAAAAAUUAAAGAAGUUGGAGGAGGACUAUGCUAACGUAGAGGUUCCAAAUGAGGACCAGGUCGGACCCUACUUUAAAAUAAGACAACAGUUGGACAACCUCGGCAAGGAGCUUCUACUGUAUAUACAGAAACCACAGUACUUACUGCCCUUCUUACAACCAGGCAGGGUUAUCAAGGUGAAAAAUGGAGAGCAUGACUUUGGCUGGGGAGUACUUGUCAACCUACAGAAAAAGUCAAACCAGAAGAAGUCAGUAGAGGUGGCAGACGCAGUGUAUGUGGCCGAGGUCUUACUGAACCUGACCAAGGAUAGUGCCCGCUCACGUAAUAUAGCCUCUAUAAAACCGUGUUCCUCAGGCACGCGCGGUGAAAUGCAGGUUGUUCCCGUGGUAACCAGUCUGAUCCAGGCAGUCAGUGCUGUGAGACUGUACAUCCCCCAGGACCUUCGUCCACCUGACAACAGACAGAGUGUGUCAAAGUCUCUCCAGGAAGUGGAGAAGAGGUUCCCCGAUGGUGUGCCACUUCUCGACCCCGUAGAGGACAUGGGCAUCAGGGAGAAAGGUCUCAAGGAGAUUGUCAAGAAAAUUGAGGCAUUUGAGCACAGAAUGUACUCCCACCCACUACACAAAGACCCCAAUCUGGAGGAAUACUACAAGGAUUACGAAAAGAAAGCUAAGGUAGGGAAUGAUGUGAAGGCCGUUAAGUUGGAGCUAAAGAAGAAGAAGUCGUUACUGCAGAUGGAUGAAUUAAAGUGCCGCAAGCGGGUCUUACGGCGCCUUGGUUACUGUACUGCCUCUGAUGUCAUAGAACUAAAGGGCAGGGUGGCUUGUGAGAUCAGCAGUGGGGAUGAGCUCCUGCUUACCGAACUUCUCUUUAACGGUGUGUUCAAUGAUCUGACAACCCAACAGACCUGUGCUCUCAUGAGCUGUUUUGUCUUUGAGGAAAAAUCCAAUGAGAUGCCCAAACUGACGGAGGCCUUAUCUGGGCCGCUCAGAAUCAUGCAGGAUACAGCUCGACGAAUCGCACGGGUCAGUCGGGAGGCCAAGAUAGAGGUGGACGAGGAACAGUAUGUCGAGUCGUUCAAACCUCACAUGAUGGACAUUGUCAAUGCAUGGUGCAAUGGGGCCACUUUUGCAGAGAUUUGUAAAAUGACGGACAUAUUUGAAGGAAGUAUAAUCCGGUGUAUGCGACGGUUGGAAGAAACACUCAGACAGAUGUGCCAAGCAGCCAAAGCCAUUGGUAACACUGAACUGGAGAACAAAUUCGCAGAAGCUAUCCGGAGUAUAAAGAGGGAUAUAGUGUUCGCUGCCAGUUUGUACUUGUGAGGAGAAGGACAGCUCACACCAGCAAACUACUAGUCUCAACAUCUCCUGGAGAAAAGCCUCACACACGUGUGUGAGCUUGAGAGGUGCUAAGAUGAAUCUCGUGAUGCUGGGAAAGUGUCACUCAACCGUGACAGGUCAUAUGAUGAAAGUGUCAUGUGACCUCAAGCAUUGCUAUGGUAGUUGUGUGACAGUGUUGUGUACCAAUGUACUGUUACAUUGUGAAUGUAAUUAAAUGUAUUUAUGAUGUUCAAGGGAAGUAGUCCUUCCUUCUUUUAACAACAAUCUACACAACCAAAUACUGCAGGAAGUGGAAGGGUGGCAGUCCUUCCUGAUCAACAACUGGUCAUCUACACAAAUAAGUACUGUAGAAGACUAUUCAUCUCCUACUCUGUCAGCAACAUAUUCUACAUUAAAUUGUUAGCUCACUGGGUCCAAAGGACCAAGGUGAGCUUAUGCCAUACUGUGGCAUCUGUCGUCCGUCCGUCGUUCGUCCGUCCGU